AUGACGCCACCAAUGAAACGAGUGAAAAAGAAUGAAGGACACGAGAAGUCCGACACUAAUGAGCCGGCAUUUGAGAGACGUAAUCCGUCGCAUAUUAAAAACAAAAUGAAACGACAGGCUGUGAUGCAAAAGUUUCGUAAAGAAAAAAAGGAAGCAAAGAAAGCGGCACAGCUCAAGCGUCGACGCGAGGCCGAGGAGUUGGGCGAGGAGGCACCACCCAAGAUGGAGCCGCGUACAAUUGAUAAUACACGUGAGAAAGAGGUGACAAUGGUCAGUCAUACAGGUGAUGAGGAAAUUGAUGCUGAUGAGCAAGAUGACGAGUUUGCCAGCAUCUUUGCUAAUGAAGAAGCGCCCAAGCUUAUGAUUACAACGCGCCCAUUUCCAAGUGGGGAGCUAUACCACUUUGUAAAAGACCUUAUGGACUUGAUGCCCAAUUCAUUUUACUACAAACGAGGUACCUUUGACAUAAAGGAAAUUGUGCAGUUUGCAAGUAACAAGAAAUUCACGCACUUGAUCGUGCUCUCUGAAAAAAGCAAGAUUUGCAAUGGCAUGCUCGUCAGUCGUUUGCCCAAGGGUCCAACAGUAUUCUUUAAAGUGUCAAACGUCAAGUUAACGGCUAGCAUUAAGGAGCGUGGUCGACGCACCAACCAUCAACCCGAGCUGAUUCUCAACAACUUUUCAACGCGACUAGGCCACCGCGUGGGCCGAUUUCUGGGCUCACUGUUUGAGCAUCAACCGGAGUUCGAAGGUCACCAGGUCGUGACGUUCCACAACCAGCGCGAUUUCAUUUUCGUACGAAAUCACCGCUACACAUUCGAGAACGAGAAAAAGGCACGGCUGCAAGAGAUUGGGCCUCGGUUUACGUUGAAGCUGCGUUGGCUGCAGGAAGGCACAUUUGACACCAAGUUUGGCGAGUACGAGUGGGUCUACAAACAACACCAGCUUGACACGUCGCGCCGGAAAUUUCACCUGUAA